AUGGGCGACAGCAACACUAACAGAGAACUGAGGCAGAAAUUGAACUUCUCCUACAGCGAAGAAGAGGCAGAAUACAGUGAGCAGAAGGAAGCCCAGGAGACUGGGAAGACCCCCAAACAAACCCCAGAGAAGUCUGAAACUCAGGACCCAGAGGCAAAGCUCAGUCCCCCGAAGACACCCUGUGGGAAUGUCCGUGACCUUAACACUUCCUGGGAGAGGGGCUGGGAGAGUCCAGAUCCGGCUCUGAAGACCCCAAAGAGCAGUACUCUCAGGCAUCCUGAGACACCAGCCUCGCCAGAUAAAAGGAGCCACCUGCUGCAGGAGGUGAACACUCCCUUCACCCCCAAAGGUCUGCCAAAACAAUCAGGAAUUUCAUCGACAGGAAAACCCUCCAAAAGCUCUAAGCAUCUGAGGCUCACACCUGUCACCUUCCAGGAUCGGAUGGCCUCCUCCGCUCUGGUCAAUAUUAAUCCCUUCACCCCAGAGUCCUACAGAAAACUGUUUCUUCAAACCAGCAUCAAGAGGAAAGCCCGAGGAAAUGUUGAGGACUGUCCAGGGGAAGGGACAUCAGAUCAAGGACUUCCUGCCAAGAGAUGUGUUCUACGAGAAACCAGCAUGGCUUCCCGCUAUGAAAAAGAAUUCUUAGAGGUGGGAAAAAUCGGAGUUGGGGAAUUUGGUACAGUCUACAAGUGCAUCAAGAGGCUGGAUGGGUGUGUCUAUGCAAUCAAACGCUCUACAGAACCUUUCACAAGAUCAUCAAAUGAAAGUUUGGUUUUGCAUGAAGUUUAUGCUCAUGCAGUGCUGGGGCAUCACCCACACGUGGUCCGUUAUUAUUCCUCAUGGGCAGAAGAUGACCACAUGAUCAUCCAGAAUGAAUAUUGCAAUGGUGGAAGCUUGCAGGCUGCAAUCUCUGAAAAUGCAAAAACAGGCAAUCAUUUCCCAGAGGCAAAACUCAAGGACAUACUUCUACAAGUCUCCCUUGGGCUUAAGUACAUCCACAACUCUGGCAUGGUGCAUCUGGACAUCAAACCUAGUAACAUCUUCAUUUGUCGUAAGAUGCAAGGUGACUCCCCUAUGCUCCCAGAAGAAAGUGAAAAUGAAGAUGAUUGGUUUCUCUCUGCCAAUGUGACAUAUAAAAUUGGUGACUUGGGCCAUGUGACAUCUAUAACAGCACCCAAAGUAGAGGAGGGUGACAGUCGCUUCCUGGCAAAGGAGAUUUUGCAAGAGAAUUACGAGAAACUUCCCAAAGCAGACAUAUUUGCCUUGGGAUUAACAAUUACAGUGGCGGGAGGAGCCGAGGAACUACCUCUCAAUGGUGACGCGUGGCAUCACAUCCGUGAGGGUAACCUUCCCAGAAUUCCUCAGGAGCUCUCAGAAAACUUCUGUCAUCUACUCAAGAACAUGAUCCACCCAGAUCCAGAGGAGAGACCUUCUGCGACAGGACUGAUCAGAAGUCGAGUUCUCCGUCCCUUCCUGGGGAAAGCAGAAGAGCUCCAACAACAGCUUAACUUGGAAAAGAUCAAGACAGCCACACUGGAAAGGGAACUGAAAGAAGCCCAGAAGGCCCACUCCCCCCACGAAGGCCACCACAGUGACCCUGGAGUCUCCGAGACCCCCAGCAGACAGCCAAGCAGCAAACGCCUGGUGGGAAGAAAAUGUUCAAAGUCUUCCAGUUUCACUGGGGGGCAGUCGGUCUCCCCAUAA